GUGACCUUCUUGGAUUUCUCUCCGUGCCCUUCCUCCGAUUAUAACCCGCUCGCACAUUGAAGGCUGACGCUGUCGAACCAGCCCUCAGUCCUUACGCAGCCGCAAAUAUUUUCGGACACAAAUGGCGCUCAGAGCAGCGAUACUUCGCCAUGUCAAAUUGCCGGUGCAUACCCUUCCUCUUGCCGCUCCAAGAUUGCAGUUUUGGAACGGUUUCUUCCGGUCCAUGUCUUCGCACGAUGAUCAUAUCUCCAAAGAAGAGGUCACCGAGAGAGUCCUCUCUGUUCUCAAAGAUUUCCCCAAGCUCGAUCCUUCUAAGGUGACUCCAGAUGCACAUUUUCAGAAAGAUUUGGGUUUAGAUAGCUUGGACAGUGUGGAAAUUGUGAUGGCUCUAGAAGAGGAGUUCAAACUGGAGAUCCCAGACAAGGAAGCUGAUAAGAUUGACUCGUGUCAUCUUGCUAUUGAGUAUAUCUCUAAUCAUCCCAUGGCUAGUUAGAUGAUGUCUUUCUUUUUUUUGUGUUUUUGUUUCAUGUAUAAUUUAACUCCAAUGCAUGCUUCCACCCACCUUGUCUUCUAGAAGUUUCUGGAACUAGGUUAUGUCUUUUUCCUUUCCUCCUUAUUAUUGGAGUGAAGGGCGUGCUCGUGGAAAAUAAUGUGAAUCUGUUCAAGAAUGAAUUGUUAAUUGAAGAAUUGGGUUCUAAAGGAUUGCUCUUUUAACUUUGGAAUAUUAAUUUCUAUCCUACUGAAGAUGAUGUGUCAGGUA